GGAAGGCGGAGGGCGCGGGGCGGGGGCAGGGCUGCGCUGCGCUGGCAUGGCGGAGGCGCGGCCGGGCGCAGGUGCAUUGAAUUUCAAUCCUGAUGCAGAUUCCAUUCCAGGAGAAAGACAACCUACAGAUGUAAAUUGGGUAAAUAAAGAGAGGAAAGACUCUAAAAGCAAUCAGAAUAGAAGUAAUUUACAGUUUCCUAGUCUGUCUUCUGAAAGAAGCACAGAUUAUGAAAGCUCUUCCACAAAGCAUCACAGUCUUCGUAAUUCAGACAGUCAGUAUGGGAAUUCUGAAGACUUCCACCAAUAUUUUGGUGCCAGUAAAAGUCUGAAGAAUCGCAACUUGCAAAGCCAGAGAUGGCACAGAUCAAGAAAUGAUAGCACAUGUACUAGAAGUAAGGUGAGGCAAAGUACUGCUGAUGCUGCUGCAGUUCCAGGAAUUUCAGAUGCUGCAGUAGCACCUGGAAGAAGAGCACCUCCAAGAGGAUAUAAUGACUUUCUCUCCUCAGAGAGUGACAGGGAGGUACCUAAUGCAGAUAGCAGAGGAGCAAAGCCAAAGAAAACACAUCUGAUGUAUGCAUCUGGAAGGGGUUUCAAGGAGAAGGGAAAGCAGGUUCAUGACCGGGAAAAGAGAGUGUGCUCCAAGCAGAAAGCAGAGCUGUUUGAAAACGUUCAGUCUUUCGAUUUGACGCAGUCUGACUCUUCGGAAUCAUCUGUUGGGAAGGCAUUCUGUGAUGCACCUGUUGGAAGUGGGGAUGAGCAGAAAGGCUACAAUUAUGUAAACAAAAGAUAUCCCCGGAAGCCUGUGUGGAAUAAACCCCCAGCAGAAAAGGAGUGCCAGAAGAGACAUGAUACUCACCGCCCUAAAAAUGUAAAAGUAGGUAAAAAGUCUUCUCUUGCAUGUAGUCCGAAAGAGAAAAAUGAAAGGAAGAAAGAACUCUCUGUUCACAGAAAUGAUGAAAGCUUGACAAGUGAAGUCAGGCAUCAGAUGUCCGAUUCUGUCAGAUGUAAUGGAAGAAAGUUCUUGUUAAAGGGGGAUCAGGCACCUGCACUUCAUUUCAGCUGGACCCAAUACUGGAAAAAGCAAAGUGAUGUACCAAAAAACAAGGAAACUCAUACAGGGUCGUUGAUUGAACAGCUGACCACAGAGAAGUAUGAGUGCAUGGUAUGCUGUGAGGUGGUCCGGAUAGUGGCCCCAGUGUGGAGCUGUCAGAAUUGUUACCAUGUGUUCCACCUGAAUUGCAUUAAGAAGUGGGCACGAUCACCAGCUUCACAAGCUGAAGAUGGUAACAGUGGAUGGAGAUGUCCAGCUUGUCAGAAUGCUUCUACACAAGUUCCUAAAAUUUACACUUGUUUUUGUGGUAAGGUGCACAAUCCUGAGUGGAAUAGAAAUGAAAUCCCACAUAGCUGUGGGGAGCUUUGUGGAAAGAAGAGACAGUGUUCAGACUGUCCACAUCUUUGUAACAUACUGUGCCACCCAGGACCUUGCCCUUCCUGCCCAGCCUUUGUGACAAAAACAUGUGAAUGUGGACGAACAAGUCAUUCAGUUCGCUGUGGCCAAUCAACAAAAAUUCGUUGUUCUAAUGUAUGUGGAAACACUUUAAACUGUGGUAAGCACAACUGUACUCAAGUGUGCCAUGCAGGAAAAUGUUCACCUUGCCAAUUGACAGUACAGCAAGUGUGUUACUGUGGAAGUAACUUCAAGGAAGUAUUGUGUGGGACAAAGGAAGAAUUCUCAGAUGGAUUUGGGAACUUUUCAUGUCAGAAUAUAUGUGGCAAAAAAUUAAAUUGUGGGAGGCACAACUGUACCCAAGUAUGCCAUCCUCAGCCUUGCCAGCUCUGUCCACGGCUUCCACAAGUAGUGUAUCGCUGUCCUUGUGGUCAGACACCUCUCAGCAAAUUACUGGAACUAGGAUGUGUUGAACGUAAAAUAUGCACAGACCCUAUCCCAUCAUGUGGAAAAACAUGUGGCAAACCUCUUUCUUGUGGUAGCUAUGAGUUGAUUCAUACAUGUGAAAGCCUUUGCCAUGAAGGAGAAUGUAGACCAUGUUCUCGCACAUCAAAUAUUUACUGUAGGUGUGGCUUCAAAAAAAAGGAAGUCCCAUGUGCUCUCCUCAGAAAUAAAGCUGCUAUUACAUUCAUGUGUGACAAGCGAUGCAACAAGAAAAGAUCAUGUGGACGACACAAGUGUAACGAGGUUUGCUGUGUGGACACAGAACAUAAGUGUUCCUUGGUUUGUGGUCGCAAGCUCAACUGUGGGCUUCACAGAUGUGAGGAACCCUGUCAUCGGGGCAGCUGUCAAACCUGCUGGCAGACAAGUUUUGACGAGUUAACUUGCUAUUGUGGUGAAUCUGUCAUUUAUCCUCCUGUCCCCUGUGGCACUCAGCCACCAGAGUGUAAAAAAACAUGCACCAGGCCCCAUGACUGUGAUCAUCCAGUGUACCAUUCAUGUCACAGCGAGGAGAAAUGUCCACCUUGCACCUAUCUCACUCAGAAAUGGUGUAUGGGCAAGCAUGAACUGCGAAGUAAUAUUCCUUGUCAUCUCACUGACAUUUCCUGUGGACUUCGCUGCAAUCAAAUGUUGAAAUGUGGAAUGCACAAAUGCAAAAGAAUCUGUCAUAAAGGAGAAUGUCUUAUAGAUGAAGAGUGUAAGCAGCCAUGCGUUAUUCCACGGCUAUAUUGUAAUCAUCCCUGUAUGGCUCCUUGUCAUCCUUCUUCACCCUGCCCGACAACAUCCUGCUGUGCAAAGGUUGAUCUUCAGUGUGAAUGCGGAAGAAGGAAGGAGAGAAUGAUUUGCUCAGAAGCAUCUAAUACGUAUCAAAGAAUAGCUGCUAUAUCUAUAGCCACAAAGUUAACAGAUCUACAGCUUGGAGAUUCAGUGGAAAUCAGUAGACUCAUUACAAAGAAAGAAAUGAAGCAGGCCAGGUUGCAAUGUGAUGAAGAAUGCUUAGCGCUUCAGAGGAACAGACGUCUUGCUGAGGCUCUUGAAAUAGAUGAUAAUUCUGAUCCUUUCAACAUCCGUUCUUCUGGACCAAAGUACAGUGACCUUUUAAAAGAGGAUGCAAGGAAGGAUUUAAAAUUUGUCAGUGACAUUGAGAAGGAAAUGAGAAUGCUUGUGGAAGCUGUGAAUAAGGGCAAGCAUACAAAGAAGAGCCACUGUUACCCACCCAUGAACAGAGACCACCGCAGGAUAAUCCAUGAAUUAGCUCAGGUCUAUGGCAUUGAAAGUGUGAGCUAUGACAACGAGCCGAAGCGUAAUGUUGUCAUCACUGCAGUCAAAGGGAAAUCCGUUUGUCCGAGCAAUACUUUAACUUCUGUGCUAGAUAAAGAAAUGCAGAGCAGGCCUCCACCUCCUAUUCCUCAUUACAAACAAACAGAUAAGAGCAGUGGGAACAGUGGUUUAUCCAAGCCAUUAAAAGAAGAGCCAGUCAUUGACUACUUCGAUGUCCAGGACUGAAGUGCUUGGUAUAGAAUUACACUAUAGAAACUUAGAGGUGAAGAUACCAACUUAUUGUGUGAGGUGCUUUCUGACUAUCUGUCAAGUGAUCAGUAGUUCUGCCUAUUCAAGAUGUAAGAUCUAAAGUCAGAUUGAUUGUCAUACUUCAAAAAGUUAGGGAGUUUUACAGUUUAUCUAACUGCAGAAUAACUGCAGUAGUCUAGCUUUUUAAACCUCGUUUGGUGCAAUUUUUUUAUCUGAUGUGCUAUUAGAACGAUGUAGAUUUCCAUUGAUGCCUUUAAAGUGAGAGAACUGGUAAAGAUAUAUUUUUGGGAGUAGCAAGAACAAUGAUAAGUCUCAAAAGAUUUAUUUUGACAUAUCUCACACAACUUAAAGCAGACAAGAAAUAUUCUGUGUUGAAAACACUUGAGAGUAUUCUUCAAAGUAUUUUCAUAUUUUGUUAAUUCACUUUUGUGCUAAUGUGGUAAAGUGGGGAAUGUGAGUUAUUCUUCUGCGUGGAAGGAAAUACCAAACUGAGUCCAAGUAUGAAUAUAUGUACUGAAUGCCCAUGAAGAGCACAAAAUUCCUUUGGUAUCUGAAGAGUCAGGAUUUGAGGAUGGUGAGGGAUUAAGACCUAUUUUGCUGUAUUUUGAUGUGUAAAAACUGAAACAAUCAAAAAAACAAAACAACAAAAAAAAAAGGAAAACCAACACCCCCCAAAAAUAGAGUAAAAAAAAAAAACACCAAAACACCAUAAGAAAAUUAUGAUUAGCUUGUUGUUGAAGACCUUGAACAAAAUCAGACUUUAUAUAUAAUUUUGAUGUUCUGUUUGGUUUUGUUUGUGUUUAGAUAUUUUGGCUUGAUGGUCUUCUGGGGUUUCUUUUUGCAUGGUUUUAUUGGGGGGGUUAUAAUUCUUUUUUCUGUACUGUGCAAGUUUACAGUGAGUGCGUGGAGCUUGGUUCAAAUGUGCUAUGAAUUUGGAACAGUAUUUGUAAGCUUCAUGAGACCAGCUAAGUUGCUUGGCAGUGGAAGAUCUUUGUUGUAUGGGAAAUGCCAUAAGCAAAAUGGAACAAGGUUUUAAACAGUGAAAGACACCACAGUGGUCUCAGACACUGAAUUGUUUCCGGGUGAUGGAUUAAGGCAGGUAAGUAGCUUUCUGGGAAAGGAGAUUGCAGGUCUGAUCGGAAGAGGUGGCACAGCUCUGAACUCGAGUAGUAUCAGUUCACUUGAGGAGAAGACUUCUUGAAGUAGUGGUUUUAGUAACUGACACUGAUUGUGGCUACAUGCAGCUCUAGAGGGGAUUUCCGUGUACAGCAUCAGAGGCUGCUGCUAACAGUGGCUUAGCAUAACAAAGAAACAGUUAUAGCAGAAGACUUGUCAUCUGGUGUUUAUUUUACAGCCAGUUCACUACAGUGCAGUGUGAGAUUUGCCAAGAAAAUGGAAGGCAGUUCUCCAUGCUUAGAUUCACUUAACAGUUAUCACAACCUUAACUGCGAAGCAUUCCUUGGCUGCAUUUCAUCUUGAACAGCUGGUGAAACUUAAAAGAAUGAGCAGCAAAGUGUCCUGAAAGUUAAAGUGCAUGCUAGUAUCGCCUGGUAGUUUUGUAUGCAGUCUUAAAAAAUUGCAAUCCUAAACCUUCCUAAAUGUUUGAAACACGUACACUUCAGGUGAAAAACAAUCAUCAGAAGCAUUCUCAACCCUUAAGAGCAUUCAGGCUUCUAAUUUGCAUGUAGUGCUUUAAAUUGGUGAUACCUUUCUUGUCUAAUUUUGUGAACAGAAAUGAAAACUAAUAUAGCUUAAUAAACCUGCCCUUAUCUUCUUAAAGAAAUCAAUGUUUGAUUCUACAAGGUGUGCUGCUUUGCUAAGUCCAGCUGAAGAAAUACAUUGCUGGGCAUCUUUCCAUGAAUGUGUUUCUUCAGUCUCUUCAUUGUGAGGUGUGUACUCGAGUGUGUGCAGACUGGAGCUCAGUGUGGCCAGGCAAAGGCUAAUUCUGGGUUUGAAGCUCAGAGCUAUGUUCAUAUAAUGCUGUUUUUCAAGCAGGCAACACUUAGGGGGCAGGUACAUGGUUAUACUGCUAAGGGAGGUUUGCAACAGGAGCUCACACACACCUGGCAAACUGGGUGUAUGAAGUUAGGUGCAUGUCCUCUGGAGC